CAAUCUAGUUAUUGGUUGCCAAAUGAUUUUUUAUUAUUAUCCAAUGGACACUCAAGAAUGCUUCUUGAAGAUAGCUCUUUUGUCAAAUCCUGACGACAGAGCUAUUCUUCAUUGGGCAGAGGAAGCCGAACCUCCCUUCCAAAAAACAGAAAGUAUUGUGUUUACAAAUGAUAUUCAACCUCUGAAAUAUCAGCUUUUACCGCCAAGGGCGUACACGACGAAGGAAAUAUGGACAUCAGGGAAUUACACUUAUCUCUAUGCCAAUUUUACAUUCAUACGAAGAAUAAGCUCCAGUCUCCUCAAUGUGUAUGUUCCCAGCACCUUGGUUGUUUUCCUUUCCUGGAUUUCAUUCUGGCUGGAUGUGGGGGCUGUUCCUGCCCGAAUUACCUUGGGCGUCACUUCCUUGCUCACUUUGGCCACUCAGGUGGUUCAGGCAAGAGGAGGCCUCCCCACCAUAAGCUACAUGACGGCCAUGGACAUCUGGCUCUUUGUGUGUCUCCUAACAGUUUUUAGUUCGUUACUGGAAUAUGCUUUCACAUAUCAGAUGUAUUUUGUCAAUAGAAAGCGUCUGAUUCCAGAGAAGCAUGAUAGGGAUAUAUUACAGUUUGAAAGAUUCGACCGCAUGAAAGAUGACAUGAGAUUGCGGCAAACAUCCAAAGUUCUGCAUAUGGUUGCUAAACUUUAUUGA